UGCUAUACCGCCCUAACUAUACCUAUAUAUAUUCUCAAGCAGACCGUAUACACUCUUGGUAUAAGCUGUCACGUGAUUCGCGCAGCGAUUGUCAGUUUACAUAUACUGUGCUUCAACAAACGUAUCUCGUCGUUCGCAGGCUACACGGCGUAGGAGUAUACAGAAGAAACAAGUGUAAUAUUUCGCGCAAAGACGAACAAUCGUGCUCGUUUCGAUGAAGACGCAUCGAGGCAUUUAUCGAGAGAAGCGGUCCCGCGGUCUCUCUCUGGGAUAAAUAAUGCGUAGCUGCGAUUCGCAGCAGCGGCCGCGAGCUUUAUCUACUGUGGCCGCCCGAGAUACACAUCGAGUAUUUUUCUGACCAUAAAUAUACGUACAGCAGCAAUAAAUCGAGCCACAUUUCUUGAAGUAUACAUUUACAAAUAACUAUUCAAGAUGAAGUUCGCGGAGCAUCUUGCUGCCCACAUAACACCAGAGUGGCGCAAGCAAUAUAUCAGUUAUGAGGAAAUGAAGGCAAUGCUCUACGCAGUGGUAGAAGCAGCACCAUCGGCUGAAACUGUAGAACCUGAAGUUAUAGUUAGGCAUUUUUGCAAUUUUGAUGAAAGAUUUUUCAAGUUUUGUGAAGAUGAACUCAAGAAAAUCAACACCUUUUAUUCUGAAAAAAUGGCUGAAGCUACAAGAAAGUAUUCUACGCUAAUAAGCGAUUUAAAGAUUUCUCUAGACGCCCAGCCAGGAGCAAAAUCUAAAGACAAGGCUGGAGCAAAAGCCUUAGUACCAACAAGAAAAUUAAGAGAGCUUAAACUAGCUUUCUCUGAAUUUUACUUGUCGCUGAUUCUUCUACAAAAUUAUCAAAAUCUCAAUUAUACUGGUUUUAGAAAAAUCUUGAAGAAGCACGAUAAACUAUUAAAUGCAGAGAAUGGCUCAGCUUGGAGAGUACAAUUUGUUGAAACAUCUCAUUUUUUUACAUCAAAGGAUAUAGAUAAAGUUAUUCAAGAUACUGAAGCAACUUUUACAAAUGAGUUAGAAGGUGGUGAUCGCCAACGUGCCAUGAAAAGACUUCGUGUGCCACCAUUAGGAGAGCAUCAAAGCCCCUGGACAACUUUCAAAGUUGGUCUCUUUUCUGGUGGCUUUAUUGUACUGAUAGUAGCAGUAAUACUAUCUAGCAUAUUCCAUGAUACUGGUGACAAUCUCAUGAUUGCAUUUCGUUUGUAUCGAGGACCCAUGUUGAUAGUUCAGUUCCUAUUUUUAAUUGGUGUCAAUGUCUAUGGAUGGCGAUCAUCUGGUGUAAAUCAUGUACUUAUUUUUGAACUUGAUCCCAGAAAUCACUUAUCAGAACAGCAUCUCAUGGAAUUGGCAGCCGUCUUAGGUGUUGUUUGGACCUUGAGUUUACUUAGUUUUUUGUAUAGUGCAAGUCUUAGCAUACCACCUUAUGUGAAUCCCCUUGCAUUAACAGUCAUAAUGCUAGCUUUUCUAUUGAAUCCCUUUAAAAUAUUCAGACACGAAGCUAGAUUCUGGUUACUCAAAAUAAUGUGGCGCAUUGUUAUAGCACCAUUUGCCUACGUCAACUUUGCCGAUUUCUGGCUUGCUGACCAACUUAACAGUUUGGCUGUUGUGUUUUUGGAUUUCCAUUUCUUAGUAUGUUUUUACAUAACUAAUGGAAAUUGGCUUGAAGCUGGCAGCGAUACUUCUCAAUGCACAUCCGGCUCCCAUUUCAUCAGACCAUUAGUUAAUUGUUUGCCUGCUUGGUUUCGUUUUGCACAGUGUAUGAGAAGAUACAAAGAUACCAGGGAGGCUUUUCCUCACUUAUGCAAUGCUGGGAAAUACGCAACGACAUUUUUAGUAGUCAUUACCCUUACUUUAAGAACUUAUCACGAAGGAGAAGAACCAAUGAUAUUUACAGACAAAUACGAAGGUACUUGGGAAAGUCCAUGGCUUUGGCUUUGGUUGGCCAGUUGCAUGAUCAAUUCCAUCUACACUUAUGCUUGGGAUAUUAAAAUGGAUUGGGGCUUUUUGGAUGCCAAUGCUGGUGAAAAUAAAUUUUUGAGAGAAGAAGUGGUUUAUUCAGAAACUUACUUCUACUACUUGGCCAUUUUCGAAGAUCUUGUUUUGAGAUUCACGUGGAUUCCAAGUUUCUUUUUGACCGAAUACGGCUACGCUACCAACGAUAUGCUUACCUCCAUUUUCGCCCCUUGCGAAGUUUUUAGACGCUUCGUUUGGAACUUUUUCCGCCUGGAGAACGAGCAUUUGAACAACUGCGGUAAAUUCAGAGCCGUUCGUGACAUCUCGAUAGCACCGCUGGAAAGCUCCGAUCAGAUUCAAAUCCUCCGCAUGAUGGACGAGGAGAACGGUGUGAUCAAUCGGGGCAAACCCGGCAAGGGAAAGAAACAAGCUUCGACGAAAGAGGAUAAGAAACAAUUAGUUAACGAGGAAGAAGCCGUGGAUAUAGAUAUUUCGAACGCCAGCUGAGCUCAGGCUGUGACUUGGGUGUAAAAAAGCGGAUAAUUUUAAAUGUAUGGUUACUGCAGAGAAUGGGAUAUUUAUUGCGCGUAUGAAUGAGAUAACUUUCGUACCCCAAAGCAAAAAAAAAAUUGACGCUUUAGUAUCUUGUUUUUAGAAUUUUUUUUCGUCUUCCAUCGUUUGUUAUUUUUGCUUUUUAAAUCUGAAAAAUCAUGAAAUUGUUUAUGUGGUAAAAACCAUGCUCGAAUUUUUGAUAGACUUGAAGAGUGCAAUGAAAUAUACUGCUUAAGUAUCUCUCGAUAUUUUUAACUUAGAUUAUUAUUGCAAGUAAAAAAAAGUAUUUAUGUAAUAAUGUACUUUGAAAAAACUAUGUAAAGUAACUUUUAUACUCUAUUCAAAGCAUUUUAAAUAUAAAAUCUUAGUUGUACUUUUUGAUUCCAUGUAAAAAGAGUGCCGAUAUACUGUAGUAUAAUAAAUCCAUGGAAAAGAUACUUAUUUCCUUAUCCUGUUAUAAAGUAUUUUUUUCAAAAAUUCAGUGAAAAGCGCAUCAAUCAUACUUUAUUAAAAAUUAUAAAUAUCUAAAACUACGGAAAAGGGACGCUAACAGUACAAAAUAUCCUUGAUCAUUCAUGUUUUUUCGUACUGAAUGAAUGAAAAAUUUAAACUUAAAGUGAACUUCAUGUUGAAUAAAAUAAGUUAGUACUUAUAAAUUAUA